UGGCUCGUUGGGAGGUAAACCAAACUGCACAAUGCAUAUGCUAGCGUCAAACGGAUCCAUAAUGGACCUGGACACGGAGUUGGUGAAAAUUAAAGCACACUACUGUGGGGACAUGUUGAUCACAGACUUGGCUGCCACGGUAACCUUUGUGGAGUUGUGUGAGGAGGUGAGAACGAUGUGCAGCGUUGCCAAGCAGCAGCCCAUCACGCUCAAGUGGAUCGAUGAUGAAGGGGACCCGUGUACCAUCUCGUCUCAGAUGGAGCUGGAGGAAGCAUUUCGUAUUUACAAUCGGACCAAGAAGUCUGGACUGCCGCUACAUGUCUUCCCCAGUAUCCCAGAGCGGCCUGGUCUGCCCUGCCCUGGAGAAGACAAAUCGAUCUAUCGCCGCGGGGCCAGAAGAUGGAGGAAACUCUACCGAGUCAACGGACACCUCUUCCAGGCCAAGCGCUUUAACAGGAAAGCCUACUGUGGCCACUGUAGUGAAAGGAUAUGGGGGCUGGGCAGGCAGGGCUACAAGUGUAUCAACUGCAAACUGCUGGUCCAUAAGCGCUGUCACAGACUCAUCCCUCAGACCUGCCAAAGGCUUAUGGAUCCAGUCAUGCCAUCGCAGGAGCCCCCUUCAGACGCUAAGAGUGAAGAGGUGGACCUUCCACCAGAUGAUACAGAGGACACAGAUGGAAUACCUUUUUUACCGCACAACUGUACAGUGGAUAAAACAGAAGAUGCAGAUACAGAGGACAUCAAAGCAGUAGUGGACGGCAUUGACGGCAUCAAGCUGUCCCAGGGCCUGGCUCUUGGGCUGGGUGACUUUGACUUGAUCCGGGUGAUCGGGCGUGGCAGCUACGCCAAGGUCCUGCUGGUUCGGCUAAAGAAGAACGAGCAAGUGUACGCCAUGAAGGUGGUGAAGAAGGAGCUCGUCCACGAUGAUGAGGAUAUCGACUGGGUGCAGACAGAGAAGCAUGUGUUUGAGCAGGCGUCCACCAAUCCCUUCUUAGUAGGCCUGCACUCCUGUUUCCAGACAGAAAGUCGGUUAUUUCUGGUGAUUGAAUAUGUGAAUGGCGGGGACUUGAUGUUUCAUAUGCAACGACAAAGGAAGCUCCCAGAAGAACAUGCAAGAUUUUAUGCUGCUGAAAUCUGUAUCGCUCUGAACUUCCUACAUGAAAAGGGCAUCAUCUAUCGCGAUCUGAAGCUGGACAACGUUCUCUUGGACCAUGAGGGACACAUCAAGCUCACAGACUACGGCAUGUGCAAGGAAGGGAUCAGACCAGGUGACACCACCAGUACUUUCUGUGGAACUCCCAACUACAUCGCACCUGAGAUCCUCAGAGGAGAGGAUUACGGCUUCAGUGUGGACUGGUGGGCUCUGGGUGUGCUGAUGUUUGAGAUGAUGGCUGGGAGGUCUCCAUUUGACAUCAUCACUGACAAUCCUGACAUGAACACAGAGGAGUACCUCUUUCAAGUUAUUCUUGAGAAGCCCAUUCGCAUCCCAAGGUCUCUGUCGGUGAAAGCUGCCAGCGUGCUCAAGGGCUUUCUAAACAAGGAUCCCAAGGAGCGGCUGGGCUGCCAGGUCCAGACAGGCUUCACAGAUAUCAAGUCACAUACAUUUUUCCGCAGUAUAGACUGGGACCAGCUGGAGAAGAAAGAGGUGACGCCACCCUUCAAACCUCAAAUCUCUGAUGACUACGGCCUCGAAAACUUCGACACGCAGUUUACUAAUGAACCAGUGCAGCUAACGCCAGAUGAUGAGGACGUCAUCAAGAGAAUAGACCAGUCAGAAUUUGAGGGAUUUGAAUACAUCAACCCCCUGCUGCUAUCCACAGAAGAGUCUGUAUGAAGGAGAGACGAGCUUCCUCCUUCGCCCACCUACUGUCUGUCCAAGCUGCCGUCUCAGCCAAAAACCACUCGCAAGCCAACUCUGAAAGGCAAGCAGGAGGAGGAGUAAAGGACAACAUGGAGGAUGAACUCCCUCUCUGGACCUGUCAACAAGGCAAAGCAAACAGGAGAAUGGGAGAAUUUCCCUCCUGGACGAUUCAGAUUGUUUUGUCGGGGUACCACACUCUUCUUUCUUGGUAUCUACAAGGAAACUGAAGACACUGAACUACAAGACCAUUCCCUGUCCUUACAUCGUCUUCCCCUCUUCUUUUUCUUUUUCUCCCUCGGCUUCAUUCCUUUCUCCCGUCAGAAUGUCCAUCCUCAUGUCAAAGCAUGACUGGCUUUGUAAUUUGAACAGAGAGCUGUUGUUAAUUCUGUGCCUGCCAUCAUGAACACAUUAUUUCAACCCGACUCGCAUCCCUGGAUGAAUAUGACAGUUCUGCUGAGGAACUUGAAAUUUUAUGUGCACUUUUUUUCUUUUUCUUUUUUUUUUUUAAAUUUCUUUCUAUCUUGUAGGGGGGAGGGGGCGACGCCUCACACGAAACAAGAAUGUACAAUGACAAAGGAAAAAAAUAAGUUAUUAUUGUGUAUUAUAUUGUAGGUAGUGAAUCCAAAAUUGACGAUGCCUUUUUAUUGAUGCAAGUGGCACAUUUUCAUCUGUAAUCACAAACUUGUUUCUUUUUGUUAUCUUUUAUGAUUUUCACAAACAAUGGGGGAAAAAAAUAGCUGAGUGGGAGACAGCUUUUUAUUUAAGAAGUGCCUCAAAGAUCAAAUUAAUUACCUUGUCUCUGAAUGCACUUAUCUCUUAUUGAACAUUUCUUCACCCAUCAUUAAAUCAGACCAACUGAAGCCAUGGCCAAACUCUGCCAGGGUUGGUCCAAACUGUUCAAAUUUUGAGAGGAAUCUAUACAUGUGGAGCACAGUAACCUGCCUCAGUCCUGAAACACAAGUGAAUCUUUUCAUUUUUAACGAAUCAAUUCAAAUAGUCAGUGUAGAACUGAUUAUUUAUGACUGGUCUAUAGAUUCACAAGAGCAGCAUCUCAGCCAGCGUCAGAAAUCAUUGAAACUGGUGGCAGUAAGAGUCGAAAUGCUCAAAGAUAAAGUUUGAUGUUCAGAUAUUCAAUAGUGAAGAUUGUGUCCUGCUCAUCGAGUUUUUCCAAAGCCAAACUAUCAUUUUGAAAUGUCAUCCAGCAGACAGCGUCUACACUGUCCUGUAUUUAGGAUAAAAACCUUGUAUAAAGGUGUAGAAAGGCCACGGUGUGCUUUCUGCCAAUUACAGUCUGGCAGCUUUAAAAAAACAUUAUAUCAGGACUUCAGCUGAGAGUGAAAGCAGUUCAUUGGCUCUGGCCUCCACAGUGUGCACAGGCUUGCUGGCCGAGCUCGGAUUCUUCCACACCAGCUGCCACUGCGUGACCAUCUGCGGCCGGUCGACAGUCUCAUGUGACCGGUUGGUUGUUCUGCUUUGUGGAAACGUGUCUCCAUUUCUAUUUUGGGCUCAUUGUGUGUUUCCAUCCCCGCACUGAGGCUGGCUUUACAUGGUGCAACUACAGCUGAGUGCCACUUAAAGCGUAAGAUUGUUCCUUUAGUGAUGAAAGUCCAGAUGAAACAACAGAAACAGUCUCUGUUUGCAACCAACAGUCAUAUUAAAUGAAAAAUAAGGCUUUCAGAGAUGCAUCAGAAAUGCUCCUUUAGCCUCUGAGUGGGCGGGCCGUUGUUUGAUGGACAGCUCAACUGACAGGGGCACUGACACACAAUGUUGCCCUGGUGACAAAGGUGCGAAGGGCAGACAGCAUUUUGUCAGCAGUGGUGUUGAAUAAUAACAACCACACCUUUUUUAGAAUCAAGAAUAUAAAACUUUUCCUGUCAUGGUACUUAUUCUUCCUUAAAGGCACAGGAUGUAAAUCACAGAGAAGAUCUGCUGUUUCAUUUGGACUGGAUCAUUAUUAUUUUACUCACAGGAAAACAAAGCACUUAGUUUCAUAUAUUUCAUUUGUAGUACGCUGUGUCGCUACUUCUUUUAAUUCUGGUACUUCACACAUUUGUUUAUCGAUAUUUCUUCACCUGAAAUUGAAGAAGUCAUUUCACCUAGAGCUCCAACAAUAUAACAAAUUGUCAUAAUUUUUAGACAUUUUAAAGAUUUAACACUUAACUCAAAAAACAUUGGUAGAUUAUUGAUAAUAAUAAUCGCGAAUUACAACCCUAGUCACGUCACCUUCAUGUCUCAUAUUGUAUUCAAGUGAAUGAGGUAAUUCAACUUAAAGUGUGCUAAAGCAACAUAUUCAUGUGGAGAGGUGCUGGCAGCAGCUCAGAUACAGGUUUCUGAUGAGCCUCACCCUUCUAACCACCAACAGAUGUGUGUGACUGACUCACGCUGAAAAUUAAUCAAAAUCCAAACUGAGUGUUUUGCUGUUGACCCAGGUACGCUGCUCCAGACCGGGUCUGGACUUAUAAACUGUUCUUACACUUCACCACAUGUACUGAACUAGCCAGGCCGCAGGUCCAGGAAAAAGAUGCAAUAACUCUCCCCAGCACUCAAGCACUAAAAUUAAUUCAUACCUGUCCAUGUCUGCACAGAGCUAAUGUGUUCAUUUCAAAAUGUGUGACGGACUGUGCAUGCUGACAAACGUGACUAUAUCUGUUUACGCAAUGUAGUUCAAACAGAACCUCAGGUGCAUCAGCUGUGUGUCUGGACUGUAUCUACCCCUGAUGGCUGAUUAACAGAACUUGGUACCAACUGAAAUGUAUCUGUAGCACUGAAAACGGACAUACAUCAAAAGUUGACGUCAAAUGCUUCAGAUCAGAGGGCCGAUUGCACAAAACACCUUAAGUUUUUCCUUAAAGUCUGAGUUAAAGUUUCCUUAAAAUAAGAACAGUUGCACAA